GUGAAGGACUGCACCGCUCCACGUCAGAGCAAAACAUGCAGAGCAUUAGCUCUCCGAGAGGCCGGGUCCUCUCAGAGGACCAGUUCAGCUGCUCCAUCUGUCUGGAGGUGUUCGUGGAGCCCGUGUCCACGCCCUGCGGCCACAGCUUCUGCAAGGCCUGCCUGCAGGGCUACUGGAACCACAGCAAGAAGUUCUCCUGCCCCAUGUGCAAGAAGAGCUACUCCAAAAAACCAGAGAUGAGUGUCAAUAGGGUCCUGGCUGAAAUAUCUACCCAGUUUCAGGGGCUGAUGAUGGCUGGGGGGACUGCUGUGGACGGAGGGGCCAUCUCACGGGGAUCUACGCUGAAUCUGAGCUCAGAUACAGGCCACAGUGGCUCGCCAGGGCCCGAUACUGGAGAGUUCGCCCGGGCUGGGGAGGUUCCCUGUGAUGCCUGUAUUGGGAGGAAGUUAAAGGCGCUCAAGUCUUGUGUGAACUGCCCGGGGUCAUUCUGUGAGGCCCAUCUAAGACAUCAUAAAAAGGUGAAGUCUUUGAUAUCUCACCGUCUGAUCGAACCCACUUUCCACCUGGAGGAGAAGAUCUGCAAGAGGCACGAUCGUCUUCUGGAGGCCUACUGCCGCACCGACCACACCUGCAUCUGCUCGACCUGCGCCGAGGUCUCGCACAGAUCCCACGACAUCGUCACCACUGACCAUGAGUGGAAGAAGAAGAUGAGUAAUCUGGGAAAGAAGAGGUCGGAGCUGAAACAUUUGAUCAAGGAGAGAGCCAAGAAACUGGAGGAGAUCAAACAAUCCAUCAAGGUCAUCAAGGUCAGCGCCCAGAAGGAGUUGGAGGAGAGCUGGCAGGUGUACGCCGAGCUGCAGCGCCUGGUGGAGCAGAGUCAGGCGGAGCUGGUGGAGCUGAUCGCCACGCGGCAACGUGAUGCGGAGCGUCACGCUCAGGAGCUGGCUCGAGGUCUGGAGAACGAACUGAGCCAACUGAGGAGGAAGAGCAACGAGCUGGAAGCCUUCGCACAGACCCAGGACAAAGUGGUCUUCCUUCAGAAUCUGGCGACGUUGCCACCCCCACUCGAGCCCACUGAUUGGUCGGCGGUCAGCAUCAACACUGACCUCUACCUGGGAACCGUCCGCUCCUCCGUCAGCGGCCUCAUGGACAAGUUCCAGGAGGAGCUUAAAAGAUUGUACGGGAAAGAACUGCGGAAGGUGCAGAACUAUUCAAGUGAGGUGAUUUUGGACCCCGGCACAGCCCAGAGGAACCUGGCCGUGUCCGACGACGGCCGCCAGGUGAGGUAUGAAGAGCGUAAGGCCUCCCACUCUGAUGGUCCAAAACGCUUCAGCCCGGCCCUCUUCGUCCUGGGCCGAGAGGGUCUCAGCUCCGGGCGUCACUACUGGGAGGUGGAUGUGGGGCGCAAAACGGCCUGGACCCUCGGCGUCGUCCGUGCGUCAGCCCGCCGCAAGGGUGAGAUCAAGCUGAGCCCUGAGGGGGGAUACUGGUGUCUGUGGCUGAAGAACGGGGAGGUGAAGGCUCUGGCGUCGUCCCGCCUGCCUCUUAUGCUGCCAUCCCAACCCAAUAAAAUGGGAAUCUUCCUGGAUUAUGACGGAGGUCAGAUUUCUUUCUAUGAUGUGAAGGCACGUAUGCAUCUCUAUACUUUUGUUGAUAACUUCACCGAGAGCCUGUACCCAAUCUUCAGCCCCUGUCUCACCCAGGAGGGCAAGAACGCGUCUCCUCUCGUCAUAACCUCUGUUAAACACACCUGAGACACUCAGUCAGCAGUAGGUUUGGUGCACAGUGUAGAUACUUUUUUGUAGAUAAUUUUUCCCUCUACCUAAAAAUACAGGUUUUUAUAAAUAAGCCAGACAGUUUUACUUGUUUGCAUAGCACUUUACCUCGAACAACUUGAAAUAAAAAAGGAAUUUGCAUAGCAACACUACUCACUACAACACUUUCUCAUCAUAUGGGUUUAUACGGAUCUGGUGUCUGACCCACAGAGUGACUGUUUCAAAUCGAUAAGAUUAAAGCAAGCAUUCUGUUACCAGGGUUCAGUCAAAGGAAACUGAAAUGAAACAUGGAUGGUACUUUAUUGCCUGACUACAUAUUACAAAGAAAUAUAUUGACAGUUUGGUUAUUUUGAUAGCAAAUAGUUUCGUUAUAUUGUAUAGGUCUCAAAUUGUACAUAAAAUAAAAAUGGAUUUUAGGGUGUGAAAACCUGAAGGACUAGAAUAAAAGAUUGCAAAGGCUAAAUCUGACUUUUAGUUGUUACUUUGUGCUGCCCUGGUUCAGUUGGACGUGUAAAGGAGAUACGUUUGAGUGAUGCUGUGUAUUUGGCACUUUGCUUUGUUGAGCUGUAACUAUCAGGCUUUGGAGACUUUGCAGAUUAAAACAAUGAUGUUCAUAGAUGUAAAUGUAAUGUUGAGGUUUAGGCUUGCCUGGGGAACCAAAUGAGAAUUAUUUUGCCCUAUGGACUAUGACAUUGUUUCUAUUGUCCAUUUUUUAAAACACAAUGUGGACCUCGGAUUGUUUCAAGGACCAUGAAACUAUAUUAUGCUGCAUUUUUAUUGUAUGAAAUAUUUGCUUUUGUAUCUUCUUUCUGAACUUUUCCAAUAAAGAUGAU